AUGGCUUCGCACAGCAGGGAGGAGCUGUUCCUGCAACCAGACGCUGCGCCUGCCGAACGUGAGACACCGCAGCCUCUCCGCAUGAACAAGCAGGCCUCGCCAGAACCCCCUCAGCAAUGGGCACAGUAUCGAGUACCGCCGAGCUCCUAUGGUGCACCCACAUCACCGCCGCCGAGUGGACCCCUCCCAUACCCAGACGAGCGUUCGCGACGCCAGCCAAUGCCAAGCGCUGCACCGCUAGCCAAGCCACCGAGUAGAACGGGCACACCGCAAGAGCUAGCAGAGGAGGGGAGAGGCAGUGGUCCUCCGUCACAGCGAGCUGGCAGCAUGUCUUCGGACGGGAGUGGGACGACUGGGCGACCCCGCUUUGCGCCAGGCGAUCCAAAUCGACCAACGGCAGGAGGAUAUGGAGGCUCGCCCGUGUCUUCGUCGAGAUUGGCUGAGAGGAGAGGCACUCCAGCUAUGAACAUUCUGCCACCAGAUUCACCAGGAGGACCGGAGCCGCCGCACAAGAGCGACGACGAUGAUGGCCUCUUCCAGGUCAAGCCACAGCGAAAGGCCAGUGCGCCGUCGACUGAAGACUACCAAAAGCAAUUCUACCCGCCUCCCCUUGGUGCAGCGCCUCCAGCAGCUAGCUCAAGUGCGGCAGUGGCAGCAGCGCAGAACAGAAUGCACAUCCCAGAUCCAGCAGGCGUCAACAGACUCAGCAGUACAGCUUCCAACGCAACGACAAGAGCUUCAAGAGGCUCUCCUCCACCACCUGAGACCCCGGUCGAUGCACCAGGCUCUGGAUUGAGUGGGAUCGAGGCACGGUACGCAGCGUCGGGCAUACCUGGCACGAACACGUUGAACGAGAUGCAGGCGCAGAGCGCGGCAGCUGCAGCUAGGAGAGCGCACUAUGCAGCGCCUCGGCCUCGCCAGGGGACGUUGAAUGCGCCAGCGCAAUCACAACAGCAAUCUGGAAGAUGGAGUCCGACUGAACGUGAUCCAGCACCACAUGGGCCGCCGAUUGCUUUCCAGGGAGUGGAAGAAGUCGCGUCAAGGGGGGACGCAGUACCCACACAACAGCAGCCCAGAAACCGACAGCCUAGCUACCCAAGACCUCCUCAGCCAUCUUCAAGUCCCUCAAAUCUGGAAGGCGGGAUGAACAGCAUGAAUCUUAAUGAAGAGCCACCCCCAGCUUAUUCUCCGCCUACAGCUGGCACUGUGCAUUCACCAUAUCCCAACGAAAAGGGCAAAUAUCCCAGUCCCGCGGGUGCUACAGUCGCUGGAGCUGCAGCAAGCGACUCAGGAAGGCGACCUACUGACCCCAACGUUCGAGGACAUCCAGCUUUUGCCAAUGAUCCACGAAGCCAAUCUCACUCUCCACCAUCACCUCAGCCAGGAGCUUCGCAGCAAAACGGUGCCUCCUCAGCAUCUUCAGGACUGGCCAACAUCAAUAUAGCAGCCGCAAACCAAUCUACGUCGCCACAACCUGGAGCUUCGAAUCAAGGUCCAGUCAGCCCGCCUCCCCUGCCAGAAGGCUGGAUAGCGCAUCUGGACAACAACUCUGGCCAGUACUACUACAUUCAUCUUCCGACACAAUCAACGCAGUGGGAAUUCCCAAAGGGACCGACUCCACUCAACCUCCAGGAGCCCACAAGUCCGGGAGCCGGCAUAGCAAGUCCUGUUGGGUCGGUCUUCAAGCAGCCACUAGCAUCGCCGGGAUUUCCUGUUCACCAGACAGCCACCUAUGAUCGUCAAAGUAUGCUUUCGAUGAACUCGCUAGCAAGCCCGACCACGGCAGGCUUCACAGGGCCACCUCCCAGUGCAGGCGUGGACAUGUAUAAGAUUCAGCCCUCAAAUGCAGUGUACUUUGGUCCAUAUCUCCGAUACACGAAUAUGGAUCUCGAGCGAGGUCUCUGGCUUGGCAGCAUACUAGUAAUCUGCGACACUGGAACUCAGCCUCCUACCAUCCACAUACACCAAACGACAGAUCUGAGCCCGAAUCCGCGACAGCUCAAAGCGCACCCCAUUCAUUCGCACCAGAGAUGGAUCUUCUAUCGAUAUGAUGUAGACUUGCGAAUGGACGAGAAUGGACCUUCGAAAUGGACAUAUGCCAUCACAUCACAUCUUGGAUGCACAAGAUACGAGUUCUUGGUUGCUGGAAGACAAGAAGCUAGCUGGCGCUUCAUCGCACAUUCUGGCAAUGACUUCGCCCUCAACGUGUCGGCUAACGAGCGAUCGAAACUAGGAGGAGCGCCAUUGAUGUGGAAAGACGUGCUUCUGAAGCAUCAAGAAUGUGGUGGAUUCCACGCACAGGUCGGACUUGGAGGGCAGAUCUACGCCGAUCGAUUGUGGAAAGACAUCCCUGCGCUGAAGCAGUGGACACAGAUCAGUGGCAAGGAGAAUCGAAAGACUGCCCAAUGGACCGCCAAGAUGGAGGAAGAUGUGACACACGCCUACUUCCACUACUACACAUCGCAUUUCGACCAGCCAGCGAUCAAGGAAGCUUUCGCACAGAUACCUCACGUCAGCUGUUUGGAUGAUCACGACAUCUUUGACGGCUAUGGCUCCUACCCAGAACAUAUGCAAGAGAGCCACGUCUUCAAGAACCUUGGCCGGAUUGGUAUUGAAAUGUACCUGCUCUUCCAACACCACACCACACAUGAGAUUCUGCGGAAUGUAAACAACGACAUCGAUCUCUUCACCAUCACAGGCAAGGGUUGGCACUUCUUGAAGUACUUCGGCCCCAGUGUGGUCAUUGUUGGACCUGAUACUCGCAGCGAACGCGGAGAACGAACAGUCAUGGCCGGACCUACUUACCAAGGACUCUUUCCCAAGGUGGCGACGCUACCGCCAAGCGUCCAGCACUGCAUCUGGCUACUACCAGUACCAAUCAUCUACCCCCGAUUAGAAGCAGUCGAGCAAGUCGCAAGCACCGUGGCCACAGGUAAGAAGGUCGUCACAGGUGGCUUCAACAUGCUCGGCAAAGUGACAGGCGGAGUCGCCGGUAUCGUCGGCGCUAAGGGAGCCGUCAACUCAGGCUUCGACGGCAUUAAGAAGGCCGUUGGCAAGUCAGGUCUGAUGCAAGGCGUGCUGUCACCAUUUGGUGACAUCGCUGGCAUGGACGAGCUCCGAGAUCUCUGGACACACGAAUCAAAAGACCUCGAAAGGACGUACAUGAUCCGAACUCUUCAAGGCAUAUCGCACAACAAGUCCAUGCGCAUGACAUUCCUGUCAGGAUCCGUCAACGCUUGUGGUGCGGGUCUGGUGCAUGAUCCCAGCCAUCCGCAGGAUCACAAGACGAUGUAUCAGUUGAUCACUGCAUCGAUUGUUAAUGCUGACGUCGACGGUCGACCCCGUGAACAUCGUCGCCUUAUGGGCCGACGGAACUACCUCGCAUGCGUAGCAUACGACCCUGAAGUCGUCCAGGGGGCCUUCAGUGCCCAAAAUGGUCAGAAUGGCGGAAUGGGGGGCAAUAGUCCCAAAGGGGCGGGGAGAUUAAGCUUGGCGGCGGAUUUCAUGGUACAGAAUGAGGGCGCGUUUGGACAGCCGAUGAAGUAUGGGCCGGUUAUUAUUCCCAGUCUGGAGCUCUUGCUGACUGCGCCAGAACCUUGGACAUACAUCAUCAGUGACGAUGGUGCACCUUCGCGCUGUUGUGGCGCUUCAGGCAUUGGCCGCGCUUGGCUAUGCCACUCCGGUCUACCGUCAGGACCACGGUGGCGCAAUGCUACCGCCCUGGAUGUCUCUUCUUCUGGACUGGAUUCCGACAUCGCUGGCGGGCUCGAGCGUCGCGCGGACCCGCCUGCUGAUGAUGCGCUCAUCCGCCGCUACGAGGUCAAAGGCCGUACCUUGUACACGGAUCUCAUGCUUGCUAAUAUUGCACAGCAUGACCAGCUGGUCACUGCUGGCCAUGGCGGUGCCCCAGAUCCCUACGGUGCCCAGUGGCAGCGCGGAUUCGAUGACAACACCCCCAAUAAUUGGGCGGCUGCGCAAGCGAUCGGCAAGUCAGUUGCAAAGGACUGGUCAAUCCGCGAUGUAAUGCCCUCUGUCAACGCACUGGACGUCGACAGUGCCAUGUGGCCCGCCGGCCUCAACUACCGCGUCGAGCUGCGCCAAGACAAGAAGUAUUUCCCGACCGUUGGCCCAAAGGUCCAAAGCCCUCCUACCGGUGCCCUCUACGACGCCGUCCUGAACGUCGUCGACGGCGUGAUCGUCACCGAAAAGAGCGUCAGCACCGCAGGCGCGACUGGAGGUGACGAACAAGCUGCGCCUCUCGCCAAUUCAUGGUCUGACAUGAUGUGGUGGGCAUGGCAAGACUUGAGAAAGCCGACCCACAAGAGGAAAAUCUGGAAUAACGACCACCGGAGAGGCAAGGGACUAUUUGAAGUGAAUGACCAGUACUCCUGGGCCACUGGGGCAUUCAUCGGCGGACAGGAGAAAUUCCUCAAUUAUAUCAUGGUCGAUACUAUCGAGACGCCGGAUACGAAGCGCAUCGUUGAGAGAUGCCGCAAGGUGUAUCCCAACCAUGAGGCGCCCAUGUUCGCUAUUGGUCAUUGGCGCUAUUAUGCCCUUCUGGCAACUCCCGAGGUGCAGGAUAUCGUGCAGUUCCUCUGCCAGCACAAGAGGCCGGACACACUGGGACACAAAAUCCUUCACAUUGUGACGAUCACUGUCAACACCGCCACCAACGGGCCCGGUCUUUUGUGGACAGUCGGCGACAUGAGCCUUGAUGUCUUGACGGGUAUUGUGCAGGAGGAAACGAGUUGGCUGCCGAAGAAAUUGCAGAAUAUGCACUUGCACACCGUCUGGGCACAGCAGGCUCCGGCACAGCAGGCUCCAGCUGUCGGAGCCGCAGGUCCCAGCGGUACGCCGGGCACAUAG